AUGUCUAGCGACCAAACCUCCUGGCACUCUUUGCCUCCCGAGAUUCGAAACGAGAUCCUCAGUCUCCUGCCAGCUCUCGGCGGGAGGUGCAGCCUGCUCGCGACCGUUUCCCGAGAGUGGCUGUCAGUGAUCGAGCCGCUCAAUUUUGCCGAAAUCAGCCUGACGGCACCCCGCCUUGCCAACCUCAACGCUCAAGCACUUCUGUCCCGAAAGAGAAGCCAGAUUCGCUACAUCUGGUUUCGCGUGGAACUAAAGCAGUACGAUUGCACACGAUGUGCCAACACUGACCAGGACCGUUGGGGCUUGGACGAUAUCGACAACCAAUUCAUCGCGGAUACGUUUGAAAGCUUGUUCACGAUGCUCAACGCAUGGGAACCUCGCGGUGACUUGGUCCUCGACAUCAGUGUCUACUCGCCCAGUGACAACCAGCACUGGUUCAAGUACCUCAGCUUCCGCUCAGACAUCAACCUCGGCGAGUGCUCGUCUUUUCAGGGGCACGAACAAGGGAUGAUCAUCAAUGACCCGGCUCAUGGCUGGGUUGCGGGGCAGCAGGUCCUUGCCCCUGAUCACCUUGCCAUCGAACAGACGUUCGACGAGAUCAUGGGCGAGGGGCCUUUCGACGAUGAGGAACCAGAGAUGCAGUGGUGGCGGGGUCUCCCCCUUGUACCCGUCGUCGGGGUCGUGCUCUUUCGCCAGCAGACCCGCCGACGAUGGAAGCCGGUUGCACUCGCGAACAUGCUCACGCGGCUACCCAACCUCAAGGAGCUUUGCAACCAGACGCUGAUCAAGUCUUUGUCCUGGCCGAAAUUGAGCAAGCUGACGAUAUUCGAGAAUUUCAACGAGUCAUACCCGGAAAGGCAUUUCGAGUGUUCGGCUAUUAGGGUGCCAAACGCGGCCGUGAGCCGCGCACUUGCCCACGCCAGCCUGCACCUCACGACGCUAUCCGCCUCUUUCAUGGUCGACGCCGGUUACUUCUUUGCAGCGCGUCAAGACUCAUGGACGUGGGAGAAGCUCACCUCUCUGGCGCUGACCUCGAGGGUCCUCACUAAUGAUGCCGACACCUCGGGUAUCAAUAAUAUGCUUCGAGACGCCGCUGCGGCAGCGCUCAAGAUGCCGAGACUUGACACGAUGGAGAUAUGGAACGGCAGACGAGGUUUGGCGAUGCUCUUUCGCUACCAGAGGGCCCGAGAUGGGCAGUCGGCCAUCAUCACGGUCCGGACGCUCACGCAGCUCGCCGUCGCCGUCACCUUCACGCUCCUUAUUGUCCUCUUCCUCGACCGCAACUACCGAGUCCUGCCCAACAAGAUCCAUGGCUACAUGCCCACGCACCACCCGGGCCUCGUCGUCACCGACAUCACAAUCGUCACGUGCUCGAGCGUAAACGUCUUCUCCUCGUGCGACCUCGACCCCGCGAUAUGGCACCGCAUCGACAAGGAGCUGUACCUGGGCAAGACGUGGACCACGCGCGCCUACAUGUACGUGAGCCGGAAGCAUGAGGAGGACCUGACGGCCGACGACAGCGUCGUCAUGGACGUCUCGGUCGGUAGGAUGGACCCGGGUGUCAAGAACAAGCCCGACGACAUCGCCAAGUGGGAGUCGCGCCCCAGCGGCCUGUGGAUCAAGCGCUCCAAGAGCCGCAAGUCGAGCGACUCGCGCGAGGUCAUCACCGACGUCGACGUGCUCUUCGGCGACGACGCAGUCGAGGCGCGCGUGGGCUGGCACCUGACGGGCACCCCGCUGCUGCUCACCGCCGGCACCUCGAUGCUGAGCAUCCACCUGACCGUGCACCGCGGCAGCGCCAAGGAGCCCAAGAAGCCCAAGCCGCGCGUCCCGGACAACGGCCGCUUCAAGAUCAUGCAGAUCUCCGACCUGCAUCUGAGCAACGGCGUCGGCGAGUGCCGCGAGGCAGUCCCCAACAGCUACCACGACGGCAAGUGCGAGGCGGACCCCCGGACGCUCAGCUUUGUCGAGAAGAUGCUCGACGAGGAGAAGCCCGACUUUGUGAUUCUGGGCGGCGACCAAGUCAAUGGCGACACGGCACCCGAUGCGCCGACGGCUAUAUUCAAGUACGCGGUCCUGCUCGCGGAGCGCAAGAUCCCCCACGCCGGCAUCUUUGGCAACCACGACGACGAAGCGACCAUGUCGCGCGCGCGACAGAUGGCGCUCAUGGAGACGCUGCCCUACUCCCUGUCGCAAGCCGGACCCGCCGACGUGGACGGCGUGGGCAACUACUACAUCGAGGUGCUCGGCCGCGGCGGCUCGGACCACUCGGCCCUGACCAUCUACCUCUUCGACACGCAUGCGUACUCGCCCAACGAGCGGAAGUACCCCGGCUACGACUGGAUCAAGCCCAGCCAGAUCCAGUGGUUCAAGAAGACGGCCGCGAGCCUGAAGCGCAGCCACGCCGAGUACUCGCAUGGCCACAUGGACAUUGCCUUUAUCCACAUCCCCAUGACCGAGUACGCGAACCCCGAGCUGCCCCGCGUCGGCGAGUGGCGCGAGGGCGUCACGGCGCCCGUCUACAACUCUGGCUUCCGCGACGCCCUCGUCGAGGAGGGCGUCGUCAUGGUCAGCGCCGGACACGAUCACUGCAACGACUACUGCCUCCUCUCCCUCAACGGGGACCCCGACCCCGAGAAGCACAAGCCCCUGACGCCCGCCCUGUGGAUGUGCUACGCCGGCGGGGUCGGCUUCGGCGGCUAUGCCGGCUACGGCGACUACGUCCGCCGCGUGCGCCUCUUCGAGGUGGACACCAACAUCGGCCGCAUCCUCACCUGGAAGCGCAUCGAGUACGGCGACACCGCCUCCCGCAUCGAUCACCAGAUCAUCGUCGACGGCGGCAAGCCCGUGCCCCCGCCUCCCCCGCCUGCGCCGCCCCAGGGACAGUCUCCGCCGCCGCCACCGCCGCCGCCUCCCGCGCCGAUACCGCCGCACGGCGGAGACGGCACCGAGAAGGCGACGUGA